AUGAUCGAAUUAAAUGAUUUGGUGGAUGAAAGAGCCUUUGGUCAUGAUCUUGAAUCCCUACAAGCAGCAAAUGAAUAUCUUGAACGAUUACUCUUCGCGACCGCCAGAAAACAUAAUCAAGUAUGGGAAGAAUUAGAAAGCAUGAAAGAGGCUACUGGUAUUUACGACAAACCAUUACCAUUUCUAUCAUUCCCUCGCGAAGUUCGCGAUCAAAUAUAUUCAUAUGCACUCCAAGCACCGCGCGAAGCAUUCGUAGGAGUUCGACAUAUCAGAAUGCUUUCCUGCGAUACAUUUCCCGAUUCCACACAUUAUCCAUUCAAACCACCCACGCCGGCUUUACUCUUGGCCAAUAAACAAAUAUACGAAGAAUCUGUACAAGUACUAUACUCAUGCAACAAUUUCUCCUUCCACAAACCGCGGGAACUGUUCGAUUUUCAAAGUUCAAUCGGCGUGUACCUUUGUUCCCUGGUUAGACAAAUGAAAAUAUCCGUCGUGUUCGAGGAUGAAUCUAUGCAUGUUCCAUCGGAAUACGUCGCACCAUGUGAUUACGAAAAUAUCCCAUCGCAUUGGGCGAAAGCGUUAAUGGAAUCAAGACUCAUGAAUAAUAUUGUCGGAAUGCAAAUUGAUGCGAAUACUGGGUCACAUGAAUUGCGUUUGAUGACCAUGCCUCCAGCAUUAUAUCGCGCGAUUCUCGCAACUUUUUCUCGGAAUCGAAAGGCGAAUAUGGAACCGGAAUUGAUAUUGAAAGGAUUCCAAACGCAGGAAGUAGAGAAAUUUCCAAAGACGUGGAAGUUGUCGACGGAGCAAUGGUUGGAGGUGGAAUGGGCUACUAAUGAUCAAGAAGUGGAUGAAUCAGAACCAUUCUGGAAUUCUUCCGACAUGGAUCCUGCCGAAACACAUAGUUCAUGCGGAGAUGGAGAAAGAGAAGAAGAGGGCGAAGCAUCUCUAUCUUCAUCAGGAGAAUCUUUAGGUGGUUCAUCAUCAUAUCUCGGGGGAUCGGCUUCGAGUACAGGAAAAGGAAAUGUCCCGACAUUAUUCAACGAACUUGGCGAAUUAAUGGGCUCGGAUUGUUCGGAUUCGGAUGAGGGUUCCGAGGUAGGCUCGGAGGAUUCUUUUCAUACCGCUGCGCCGUGGAAUGAUGUUAAGGAGGUAUUGUUGCAGUUUCGAAGUUUUCAGGAGGCGGGUCAGCGACAAGUUGGGCUUUUGGGGUUUUGA